AUGUCUCACUAUAUGAAAUCAAGCAAUGCCCCACUGAUGCUCAGUAAUAUCUCAUGUUUCCGACACCACGGCUGGUUUGCAUGCGUCAAGCUGAAUACCGCCAUCUACUUCCGCUCCAACGCCAAGAUUGUAGAUGGCCAGCUCAUCCUAAAGCUCGACAUCUCGAAGCGGGCCAUAAACCCGUCCUUCAAAGCCCACCUGCAGAUUGGAGUGCUGGACAACAUGAUCCCAGAGAUGUACCUGAAGUUCUCCAAAUUCAGCUUCAACCAGCGCAGCGCGGACUCAACCGUCUUCAUCCACUAUCCCAACAGCGACGCGGAAGUGCGCGCGACGAUGACUACGAACCCUCAGACAAAAGUGCGCGAUAUGCGCGUUACGCUAUGGUGCAAUCUGGGAGGAUGCGAGAGCCCCUUCGACAGCCGGCGGGAUAACAACGCGGGGUCUUACCACGAUCCUACUUUACUGGGUGAUUGUCGCACCAUCAGUCCUGAGGAGUCGCUUUAUAUGAAGCACUUCAACGAUACAUCGCCUUCGAAAUUUGGGGACUACCUGUCAUCUGGGAGGAUGUUAACAGGGUUUUUUGGGCAAUGA